AUGGCCUUCCUCCUCAGCCGCACAACCACCACUCUUCUAGGCACCGGCCUCGGUGUCGGCCUCUCCCUCUCCCUCUACCCACUCUCCCCCUUCCGCGCACCCCCAAUGCAAUGCCAAUACACCGCCCCCUACUACCGCCCCGAAUCCCAGACCUCCCCGGACUCCGGCUGGGCCAUGGACGCUCAGGAUCCGUUGCUGCGCAAACAAGGCACCACCAGAAAUUCACACCAUACUACAGGCGGUGGGAUUCUGACAGCCUCGAACAUGCGCCAGGUGAGUCUGGGGAGCGUGCUGGGGCUGGUUGUGGGUGUGGGGUUGAGGGCCUUUUCAAGAGUGUUAGUGGUGCUUUUGGGGAUGGGGAUUGUUGCUGUUGAGUGGGCUGCGGCAAGAGGAUACAAUUUGCUUCCGGUCAACACUCUGCAGAAGUACUUCAAGCGGGUGGAUCUGCAAAAGACAGUGUCGCAUCAUAUUCCCUUCAAGAUCAGUUUUGGGGCUACGAUGGGGUUGGCUGCGUUUGCGCAGUUUUAG